AUGUACUUCUAUAUGCCAUCUUCAUUGUAUGUUUAUGUUGUAAUUGUCUGUUUCACAUCCCCUGCCCUGCUCGCAGCCAAUAUUUGGAACUUUAGGAAGAGGCCCAAAAGAUUUCCACUUUGGACAAGACGCAAUUUAUUGACGGGAGCUGUCACCAUUUUCAUGACACUUUGCUUAAUUAAUGAUGUCUUCUAUACGACAUCUGCACCGGCACAUUGGCAAAAUCCUAUUAAUCACAAAUACUAUAUUGCCUCGUUACUACACAAUUCGGAAUCUAUCUUUCCCCACUAUAAACAUUCACUUGUUCAGUUGGUCAGAGAGCUUGGUCCAGAAAAUGUUUUCGUUUCCAUAUACGAAAAUGACUCAACAGAUAACACUCCAAUGAUUCUUAGAACAUUGAAUAAGACGCUGAGGCAAAUGGGGGUACAAACACAUAUUGUCACUGCAAAGCAGCCAGAAGAGAUUUUGAAAUAUGGGCGCAUUGAGCGGUUGUCUUUGUACAGAAAUCUAGCAAUGCAACCAUUAAACUCUGUGGCACAUGGUGGUAUACAUGGUCAGCCCUUUGAUAAAGUAAUUUGGAUCAAUGAUGUUCUCUUCGAGUCAGCCACCGUACAUGCUCUACUUGAUACAGUGGGCGGUGAAUUCGACCAGGCCUGUGUAAUGGAUUUCUGCUGGCUCGGAUUUUAUGAUACGUACGUUUGGGGAACUCACAAUAGCUGGGUCAUGCGCGACGCAGAUGGUCGGACAACACGACCCUUCUGGCCCUAUUUUAAGGCAAAAAUUGAUCAAGAUGCCGUACGAGCAGGACUCCCCGUGCCUGUCAACGCUUGUUGGAAUGGUAUUACAGCUUUUGAUGCUCGCUGGUUUAGCAACUCCAGUAAUUCACGAGAUCCUUACCUUUUCCCUUCUUUAAACGCUGCAAAAACUUUUCCGUCCCCCCCUCUCGUGGUAAACGACGGCACCGACCAGGCAGCGACACUGCCCCUAACUUUCCGGCCUAGUUCUCAAUGUUUCUCUUCUGAGUCAUUGUUAAGCAGUUUGGAUAUGCAUCGUAUUGCUGCGCCUCAUCGACCACGCAUUUAUGUGAACCCUAAUCUGAUUGUCACGUAUGACAAGCCGAACUACUUUCUUUAUGGACGAAUGAUGAAAUGGUCUGUGGUGGGGCCCUGGCGCUAUUUCUGGCAAUAUUGGAUUGAACACCGGAUUUUCGGGUUCGCUCUGCAUGUCCUUGGACGUAUUGAUCCCUGUACCGAUGUGUUCAUGCCAAAAUGGGUG